AUGUGCAAAGCCUUCCCUCAAACUCUUACAAGCGCAGCUAGAGAUUGGUUCUCCACAUUAGAGCCAAAUUCUAUCGCCUCAUUCGCAGACUUGGCCAAUAAAUUCUCUGCUUUCUUCGCAAGCAGCAAGAGAAUUAGGAAAACAGCUGCAUCACUUAUGCAGAUGCGCCAGGGACCCAAUGAAACAUUACGCAAUUUCAUGACCAGAUUCAAUAAAGAAAGACUUCAGAUUCCCGAUCUACAUAUUACAGCUGCGGUCUCAGCUUUGACAUACGCUAUAAGAUGUGAAGCAUUCAAGAUGUCUUUGUCGAAAACCCCCCCGAAGUCAGUAAUCGACCUCCUAACUCGAGCUGAGAAAUACAUCAAUAUGGAAGAAACUCUAACCCCAAGAAAGGAUGUCUCACCUUCGCUAAGGCCAGACAAUAAGAGACCACGUGAACCCAAUCAACGAGACGAUAAUCCUUGGGUCAAGCAAAAACAAAACCCCCGACAGGAAACUUUUACUCCCCUGAAUACAUCAAGAGACAGAACCAAGUACUGUGACUUCCACCGAGACCACGGACAUACCACUGAGGGGUGUUUGGCUCUGAAGCAGCAAAUUGAGGCCCUCAUCAGGAGGGGUUUUUUGGGCUCUUACACUAGCCAUGAAAAACGCCCGAGGAACAAGCAGAAUAACAUACAUGAGGGGCGUAGUAGUGAACCACCAAUAGCUGGCACUAUUAACGUUAUUAUCGGAGGAACAGCUUCAGGGGGAGACGCCAACAAUGGACGUAAGAAGUACGCCAAACAGCUUCCAGUCUCUCCUGGCACGGAUCUUGCUCAUACGGAAGAUAUCACCUUCGGGUCCAAGGAUUUGGAAGGAAUAUCCUUCCCCCAUGAUGACGCCCUAGUCAUAUCAGCCAUCAUAGCUAACUUCGAGAUCAAGAGAAUUCUUGUGGAUAAUGGAAAUGCAGCUAAUGUACUGUCUCAUGAAGCUUUAGUUCAGAUGGGUAUCUCAGUGGAACAACUCAAGCCUGUUAAAACACCCCUACAAGGAUUUGGUGGCGGGGUCAUCACCCCUGAAGGUAUUGUUGAAUUACCCAUGACUUUAGGAUCUGAAGGUCCGCAGGUAACCCAUAUAGUAACUUUCGAAGUUGUCCGAACUCCGAUGGCCUAUAACGCCAUUCUGGGAAGACAAUUGCUAAAUAAAAUCAGAGCUAUUAUCUCAACUUUUCACCUGGCGAUGAAGUUCCCCACAUAUAGUGGAGUUGGGGUCGUCCGAGGAAGCCAAACUAUGGCUCGCCAGUGUUAUGUGACCAGUGUCCGAAAAAUAAAGGGUGACGUCAUGCAGCUUACAGAGCUCGAGCUCGAGCUUGAAAAUCGUAGGAGACUUGCCCUGGUAGAGGAGUUGGUCGAGGUCGAGCUCGUGCCUGGUAGGAAGGUGACAGUAGGGCGUGACCUUGAUUCAACCAUCAUGGCUAAACUCAUAAGUUAUCUCUCCCAAAACCAAGACGUAUUCGCAUAG